AUACAGUUUUAACGUGUGAAACGAGCCUCCGUUGUUCCUCUUCUGUUGUAAUAAGAUCAGUUAGAGCAGUCUGGCUUUGGCUUUGUUAGGAAACACAUCUGUCAUAUCGCAAAGUUUUGUUUAUUCUUUUAUUGUUAUUAUUUUACCUCCACUCCUCCCAGGAGCUAAUGACGACAUCUCUUCUUUGUUUCUUCCCUCCGGUAUCAACCCUAAUCCAUCUGUAGUUUAUUCGUAUCCUUGUUUCAGGUGUUGAAGGCCUCCGCAAAGUUGAACAAAACCUUUAAAUUAAAUGGUUCACACCCACAAAGACAAAUUAAUAAAGCUAAACUGGGACAACCACAGAGUGACUGGGCUUCUUGAAGAUGUUGCCCAUAGGAGGCGACAUAAACCGUUUUUAAUUCAGGUUCGGUGCCUUUCUUUGCCAAUGUAAUUUAUUUUUACUAAGCACAUUUAACAAAUGUUUACCAAGGCAGCAGUCGAGGCAUGAAACAACACAUAAAAACAUAAAACACACAGUCAAAACAAAAUUGAGGACAAGGGAGAGGUAAGAAAAAAAAAUACUAGAUUAACACUUUUUAUCGUUGGGGUCAAUUUGAUUUAAAAAUUAUUACAAUUAAAAAAACAAAUUCCAAGUUGUGUGUCAGGUUAUGUUUGCCUGUUGACUACACAAAUAGCUCUUUAAAUAAAAACAACCCCCCUCCUCAUCCCACAUAUCCAUCUAUGUGUCUUUAUAUAUUAUAUAUUCCUCUGUUUCUCUUUAACAUUUGGUAUGAAGAAAUAUUAUCACAACUAUUAUAAUUAAUAAUAAUAUAUAUUAUGUUGGGGCCAGUGUCCGUGUCAGUCUCCCCAUUAAACUAGGAAAAUUCAUUAAAUAGGAAGUAAAACAAAUUAUGCUAAUAAUAUAUGUGGAGACGUUAACAGUAAAAGUCACAACAAAAACAGCAGCUCUUAAAAUUAAUCGAAUGCCAAAGAAUAAUAGUGAGUUUUUAGAAGGAAUUUAAAAUAUAUAAAUGAGUAAUAUGAGAAGACAGUGUCCUGUAGAAGUGUUUGUGAUGGAAAAAGGUUUUGUCAGAAUUACUGGACAUGAACUUUUACCACUUCUUCCUCCUGGCGGCCUCUAGAGAAGGAAGAGCAGCCCCCCCUGGGUGAACUGUCCUGGGACGUGGACCAGGGACUUAUUGCCCAGCUCAAGGAGCAGUACAGGAAGGAGCGCAAGGGCAAGAAGGGGGUGAAGAGACCAAACCGGUCUAAGCUCCAGGACAUGUUGGCUACCCUGCGGGACGCUGAUGAGCUCCCGUCCAUGCAGCCGCCCGUGACACCCCCGUCCCGGCCCAUCGUACCCAGGGCCAAUGAGCACGAAGUCGGACGCUCUGAAGACGAGCCGAUGACCUUCCUGCCGUCGUCUGGGAAGUCCUUCAUCCUGGGCAGAGUGGACGAGGCGGUUUCUAACGAGCUUGGACUUGGAGAACUGGCCGGACUGACGGUCACCAAUGAUGCAGAAAGCAUGGCGUACGACAUUACCAAUAACAAAGACGCUCUGAGGAAAACUUGGAACCCGAAGUUUACCCUGCGUAGCCAUUUUGACUCGGUCCGGAGUCUGGCCUUCCAUCCGGUGGAGCCAAUCCUGGUCACUGCCUCCGAGGACCACACCCUCAAACUGUGGAACCUCCAGAAGACAGCACCUGCCAAAAAGUGUGCUGCUUUAGAUGUGGAGCCCAUCUACACAUUCAGAGCUCACAGUGGUGCUGUCCUGUGUGUCACCAUGAGCUCUAGUGGUGAACAGUGCUUCAGUGGGGGGGUGGACGGUACCAUUCAGAGCUGGAACACCCCCAACCCCAACAUUGACCCUUACGACUCAUAUGAGCCCUCUGUCCUGCGGGGGGCGCUGUGCGGUCACACAGACUCAGUGUGGGGUCUCGUCUACAGCUCAGCUCACCGCCGCCUCCUCUCCUGCUCAGCCGAUGGUACAGUCCGGCUCUGGAGCGCCGCCGACACUUCGCCAUCCCUCGCCGUUUUCAAUGAAGGGGGAGAUCUCGGAGUCCCGACUUCGGUGGACCUCGUGAGCAGCGAGCCGGCACACAUGGUGACGUCUUUCACCACCGGACACAUCGGACUCUUCAACAUGGAGACGCAGCAGCUCAUCCUAAAGCUAGAGUCUGCCGGACCACCAGAAGCUCCCUGCAAGAUCAACAAAGUACUGAGUCAUCCCACGUUGCCGAUCACCAUCACUGCUCAGGAGGACCGACACAUCCAGUUCUUUGACAAUAACACAGGUAAACUCAUCCACUCAAUGGUCGCCCAUCUGGACUCGGUCACCAGUCUUGCUGUGGAUCCAAACGGACUGUACCUCAUGUCUGGAAGUCACGACUGCUCGAUCCGUCUGUGGAACAUGGAGAGUAAGACCUGCAUCCAGGAGUUCACCGCCCACCGCAAGAAGUUUGAGGAGUCCAUCCACGACGUGGCGUUCCACCCCACCAAGUGCUACAUUGGCAGCGCCGGCGCCGAUGCACUCGCCAAGGUCUUCGUAUGACUGGUGUGUGUUUUUAUUUACCCGCUGACGAAGCAGAAAACUGGAAAAACUGAAGGCGACAAAGAUUCAACCCCGCCCCGCUCCCAUGGACUCCGGCUGGCCUGGGUCCGAAAAACAAAACGAACAAACCUCUGAAAGCAGCAAAAACAAAUAAAGGAAGAGCCAGGAGAUUAAAAAAAAAAAAACGAAAAACAAAAAAACAAACAGGAAUGCUCGGUACAUUCUCCUAAAACUGAAAUCUUUUUCUUCAAACUGUUUCUUCACUAACACAGAACACUCUCCCGUCAGCAGCUUUGAAACGUUUGUCAUGAUGACGUGCCUUUUUUUCUUCACUACAUUAAUUAUUAGCGUCGAGAGAACAGAUUUCACUUCAAGAUGGCGUCAAACUCCGACGUCAGUUCGACUUUCAUCACUUCCUGUCGACGUCCAUACAGGAAAACGGAGGUUAAAGGUUGUGACAGGAAGCUCAUGAACACCUGUUUCAAAAUAAUAGUUUUAAAGAUUAUUUCUGGUUUAUUUCAGCCUGAAUCUGGAAAACAGAUGUGGACGAGUGUGACGUUAGCCCCUUCCACAGAGAUUCAGUCACAUUUAGUGGUUAGGUGUGAAAUUUUCAAAGAGCUGCAGAAACCAGUUUCUAAAGUCGACACAAGCUCAUUAUUUAAAAAAAAAACUGUGAUGGUCGAGAAUGAAUAAACUGUAGUUGAAGGAGCUACUAUUAGCUGGGAGGCUAGGAAGCUAAGAAGAGCUACUAUUAACUGGGAAGACUGGAAACACAGAUGAGCUUGGAGGCUUGAAAGCUAAGAAGUGCUGCUAUUAGCUGGGGGGCUAGGAGGAGCUGCUGUUAGCUGGGGGGCUAGGAGGAGCUGUUGUUAGCUGGGAGGCUAGGAAGCUCAGAAGAGGUAGUAUUAGCUGGAAGCUAGGAGGAGCUACAAAACGAAGAGCAGUUCUUUCCUGAAUCAGCUGAUUUGGUCAUGGACUGAUUAUAUGUCACGACCUUUAGAAGUCCUGCCACUAGCUGUGAUUAUUUUAGAGUAUGGUUGUGAAAUGAAACCAUUCAGAGUUCGGUCGCAUCGUUAACACUAAGGCCUCGUUCAGACCUCACGUCAACAUCUGAUCUCACCUGCCCAGUAUCUGUGUUCACACCUGGUAUUAAUUAAAAUGUGUCUCUACAUGCAUCCUCAGCCAGCACUUGAGAUCUGAUCUCAGUUGUAAAUAAGCAGCGCCAUCAUGUGGUCAGUAGAGUAUUGUACCAGCUGCUGUCUGUUCAGGUCUGAACACGUCCCAGCGGUAAUUUACUGCACCGAUGAAACAUCGAGCUUCUUUCCAAAGAUCAUCUGGAGGGACAAAAUAAACGACCUAAAGGCUGUAAAAUAUUCUGCCGCUGGUCGUCGUGUAUUUAUAUUUAGAAAUCCUGACGAGCUGCGGCUGAAACCUGCAGUAAAACUUUUCCUUUUUUUGUUUCGUUUAUUUUUUUAUUAAAGUUAUUUAUGACAACUUUAAAAGACUAAAUUAAACCCAAGACCUUGAGAUGUUGUUGCUAAUGCUACGUAGCUCGUUCUGUUGUGAAAUAACCCAGCUUCACAUUUGUUUUCUACGCUGACUGCCUGAAGAUCCUGUAUUUUGUGUAUAACGCUUAUGAUUUAGAGCGAUCCCUGGUUGUUGCUUUUUUAAAGACUCUUUGUGUUUGGUGACAGAUACAGAUAGAUAUUUUUUUUUUAAUUUAAUUUUAUUCUUUUCUUGAAAAGUGACGUUUGUUUUAUCUGCUGUUGUUUUAAGAAGCACAUAUACUGAACGUGACUUCACUGCGUUGAAGUGAAUCUAUUUAUUAGAAAGCGUAAAUGUAUAUCUAGGAAAAUCGACUGACUCCUCGUAGGCAGAAACUAUUUGUGUGAUGAGUGGCAACGGUUUAAAUUCAGCUUUUCCAAAACAUAGUGUUAAAAGUGAUCGGUUGGUUUACACCACAGACUGUAUAUAAAUGUGGCCAACACAAACUAAUUCUAUUUUCUAACAAUCCCACAGCACUUUGUGGAGCAGUUGUCAUGGCAACUGGUGGUCACCAUUAGUGUCAAAUAACUAAAACGAAGUUUAUACAAAACUUGACACUUGAACAUUCACCAACAGUAUAUUAACUACGAAAAUGACAGAAACAAAAAAGAAAAAAGUAUUUGACAUGUAUUUUAGUAUUUUAGUUUGGCCCAAGUCCCGCCCACUAACAUGGAGGAGGUGGAGCUUAUGAUCUAUACUGCAGCCUCCAGCCACCAGGGGGAGCUCUACUUGCUUUGGCUUCACUUUAGAGGAGCUGUUACCCCCUCCAUAUUUAUACAGUCUGUGGUUUAGACACAUCCAACUCUUCAGACUAGGUCCUAACGUCUGGUGAGAUCGUCCUCCUCCAACAUAAGACCUCGACAGGAAGCAGAUUUAAAACAGAGCAGCUUCAAAGUUUUAGUUCUUGGUGAAGAUCGGGAAAGAAAGUCCCAGACACCAUUUGCCUCAUUCGCCCUAAAACACACUAUUUGUUGUUAAUACACCAACACGUAUGGAGCGUUUUCAUCCUGAGGAAAGGAAGAAACGUUUUACUUCAGAAACACUAGAGAGUUUCACCUCAGACGUGCAGUAUUUUUAAAGGGAGUCUGGUUCAAAACAAAGGUGAAUUUAUUUUCUUUUCAUGUUAAAACUAAUCCGAGGUUUAUUUCAGGUCAAAGGUCAGCUCCUCCAGUCGGCCGUGUAAAUUAUUGCCGUCCUUUAAUGUGUAAAGUGAAACUAUCGAAGAGAUUCUAGACGCUCCUCUGGUGUUCUUUUUGUCUUCAAAAUGGGAACGUGACCGAUUUAACAAUAAAGGAAUAUGUUGUGUA